UGAAUUUGCCACUGGCGCUGCGAAUCUCUUUCUGUUUCUUCUCGCCUUUUAAGUGGAACUGUUCUGUUCUGGAUAUUUUUUUUCGUGUUAUCGCAUAACAGUUGAAACCUUAAAAGAAAAAUGGCAGACACUGAAGUUGACACCAGUUCAGAGAUUUCUGCAAAGGACCUGAAGGAGAAGAAACAGGUUGAAGAGGCUGAGAAUGGGAAGGACAAGCCUGCCAACGGAAACGCUGUGGACGAGGAGAAUGGGGACGCUGAAAAUGAAGUAGACGAUGAAGAGGAUGAUGUGGGGGAGGACGAGGAUGAGGAAGAUGACGGAGAGGGUGAUGAGGACGACGAGGAUGAUGAAGUCGAGGGGGCAACAGGAAAGCGGGCGGCUGAGGACGAUGAUGAUGAUGAGGAUGAUGUGGGAACUAAGAAACAGAAGACUGAUGCUUAGGAGCCGCCUGGCUGCAGCCCCCUCCCCUCAGGACCGCGCAGGGGUCAACGCAAGGUCGUCUAUUAGAGUUCACCGUCCACUCAGACUCACCCACCAGACGCAGACUUUUUAGAACCAACCAAGACUUCAAAGCUCUACCUUCUUACAAAAUACUUUAAAAGGAGAAUUCGUUUGUAUUUUUAUUUACAUUUUAUAUUUUUGUACAUAUUGUUAGGAGGUCAGCCAUUUUUGACCGUGAUCUCUGGUGACCAAACGGUGCUUUGAAGUUGAAGCUUCUCUAUGAAAUAGACUUUACUUGUGGUUUGACCAUGUCAUGUUAUCUCAACAGAAACUUGUACAAAAUCAAAAAAGGUCAAUUCAAAGCAUUCCAGUAAUGUUGUGUGUGUACUUUAGUUUGUACCAUAAGCAGUUGGUUUGUAUGGGAUGGCCAGGCUGGAGAAAAGACGUUUCUUUUCUUUACUGUCUGUUAAAAUUGCUGUCUAUUGUGGCCUGUUUGAUGUAUGUGUGAAGUUUGUUGUACGACAAUAAACCGGAAUUUUAUUUUGUGAGUUCUUAAUAAUUUCCCUAGUUUGUUUUUAUCUUUGGACAUCUUGUAGGCAGAAGUUGAAGUGACCCCUGACUCAUUGUAGCUGGAGAGAGUGCCCCUCUCAGUUGGACUGUUAAACAGUUUAUAGGCCUGCUAGAAAAAAAUAUGUACAUCAAUGUAAAUGACUCUCUGCCUUAAAGACUUCACGACCUGGUAAAUUUUAUUGCAUUUAAUAAAUUUACCCAAAUGAACCGUGCUAAUUACAUCACCUUUAAUAAACUGACCUGAGAGAAUGGA